GAAAAGUGUGAAAGGCCACGCGCUUAAAAGAAACACCUUAAAAAUGGCAGUGGCAGAAAUCAGAGCUUUCUGAGCAAUAACCUAAAGUAGCUUUGCUUCCAUGGCGAUUCGCAUUCGGCCACUGACUUCCAGUCUUAGAAGUGAGCGCAGUGGUCGGCUUCAAUUCGAUGACAGAAAUCUCUCAAUGUUCAUAUACUCACUGGCUUCACCGAUGAAUAAGGUCGGCGAAUCAUGCUUGAAAUAUACUAAUUCCAAUGGCAACCUCAAAAAGGAGAUUUUGAGACUGAAUUUGCCUGGAGAAAGCGCAAUCCCCGUGCUUCAAAAUUGGGUCGAUAAUGGCCGGAAAAUUACAGUCUCCGAGCUCAGAUAUAUCUCUGGGAUACUUGCGAAAUCUAGGCGAUACAACCACGCACUUGAGAUAUUCAGAUGGAUGGAUACUCGAAAUAAUUUCCACAUGUCAGCAGCAGAUCAUGCUGUGAAAUUAGAAUUAAUCAUGAAAGUGCAUGGUUUAAGGGAGGCUGAAGAGUAUUUCAAACUUUUACCCAAUUCUGCUACAAGAAAGGCUGCCUCUUUCCCUCUUCUUCAUGGAUAUGUAAAGGAACGAGACACUGUGAAAGCUGAAGCUCUCAUGAAGAAUCUAAAUGACUUGGGUCUGAUUGUGAGUUCUCAUCCAUUUAAUGAGAUGAUGAAACUUUAUAUGGCUACAUCACAGUAUGAGAAAGUACUUUUUGUGAUCCAGCAAAUGAAACAUAAUAAAAUACCCUUAACUAUUCUCUCCUAUAAUCUUUGGAUGAAUUCGUGUGGCGAGGUGUCUAAGGUCACUGAUGCUGAGAUGGUUUACAGGGAAAUGGUGAACAAUAAAAACGUUGAAGUUGGGUGGAGCACUCUAUCUACUUUGGCCAAUAUUUACAUAAAGGCAGGUCUUGUUGACAAAGCUUUUUUAGCACUUGAAAAUGCAGAGAGAAAGCUCUCUACCAAUGAUCACCUUGGUUACUUCUUCCUGAUUACACAACAUGCCUCAUUGAAGAAUAAGGAGGGAGUUCGGCGGCUUUGGAAAGCCAGUAAAGGAGUUGGUGGAAGAAUCUCAUGUGCCAACUACAUGUGUAUAUUGUCAUGCUUCGUUAAGGUAGGUGACCUUAUAGAAGCUGAAAGAGUGUUUAUGGAAUGGGAAAGCAAUUGUAGGAAUUAUGACAUUAGAGUUUCCAAUGUCCUUCUAGGUGCAUAUGUGCGGAAUGGACUGAUAAACAAAGCUGAGUCAUUACAUCUUCGCACGUUGGAGAGGGGUGGAUGCCCAAAUUUUAAGACAUGGGAGAUUCUAAUGGAGGGAUGGGUACAGAGCCAAAAGAUGGAUAAAGCCAUCAUUGCUGUGAAGCAAGCAUUUUCCAUGUUGAACCAUUGUAAAUGGAGACCGUCACAUGGUAUUUUAGUGGCUAUUGCAGAGUACUUGGAGAAGAACAGGAAUUUUGAAGAUGCAAAUCACUAUGUUCAAGAUAUUCAUCAUUUGGGUCUUGCAAGUUUACCGCUGUAUAAAAUACUCCUCAGAAUGCACCUCCAUGCAGGGAAAGCUGCUUCUGACAUCCUUCAGAUGAUGGAGAAGGAUAAAAUUGAGAUGGAUAAUGAGACUUCUUCCCUUGUUCAAGCCUUAUAUUCAUGUGUGUAAUCAAUCAGUGGUAUUGAUCAAUGUAGUGGAUUCAUGAGAAAUCUGGUGGUGUUAAUUGACUGUUCUUAUGAUGCUUAUUUGGGAUUAAAGAUUUGGUGAGGGAGAAAAACUAGAUAGAGUAAAAAUGAAGCAAGCAGACAAUCCUUUGAAAAUGAAAGCUAAACAAGUGCAAAUCUUUCUUAAUUCAGCAAAUUGCCUACUUAAGGGCUUUAUGUUCAUAUCUUUCUUAAUUCAGCGGGUAUCUAAGAGUUUCACCAAUAUUGUGUAGCCCUGGUAAAAGCUACAUGGACAAUGGGACAAUCUCAGCAUGGAUGCACACUUUUGUGAUGCUUGUUGGUAUCGAUAUCCUCUUUGAAGACUUGAAUUGCUUUUGCAAUCAACUAACUGCAAGAACUAAAAAUGAAGAAGAAUAUAAUUGUUCAGCAAUUCUGCAAAUUUUGUUAUUUGUGUUGAUGGUUCUGUCAUGAAUAACAGUUGACAUUUUGCCAUAUAAUCUCCAGACCCAAAGCAUUUGCAGUCACAAAUGUUGACUGCUUGCCGGCAAUCUGCAGUCGUGAAUAAUGCUAAAUGCUCCACCUUAAUACAAUGGUGAAAUCCUCCUGGAAGCUUUUGAUAUGCGCUAGCAAUUUGUAGCAAGGUUCGAAUACAGCCACCAGCAAUGUCAAGAAGGAUUACUAUUUCACCUCCAAGGAUUUUUUUUCUUCCUUCAAGACCACUUUCCAAAAUCGUCAGAUUAACUCGUGAUUCUUUUGGAACUUCUUAUCCCCUUCCACAACAAAUUUUCACAUAAUUGCUUGCAUGCAUUGGUAUAGCAGAUGGGCCAUUUUAAAUAUUUGGAGAACGAGUAGUUGCACUUUGUUUGCUGUAUAUCAUCCCUUAUAAUUUAAACCUGGUCCUUUCUGAAACCAGUGCAAGGAUUCAUUCUUGAAUUUACCUUUUCAUAACCUGGAUUAAGGGAAUUAGCCCUUCCAUAGUCCGACACCGCAUUGACAAGUUCGUUGAACUCAAUGCGCUCCACUAGGGUUCUUCACAAGAAAUGCACAACAUGCAUGCUAUUUCUGAAAAAUUUAGUUAAGGGUUUUUUCUUGUUUGGGUUUAAUUUGAUUACAUAUUAUUUCAGCAUGAAUACAGCUCAUUGUUAAUGUAAUAUAGCCAACAAGCGAUCAUGCACAGAAGCCAGGCAGGCACAAUGAGAAAUGAAGCUGUAGGCUUCAGGUUGAUGAAGCUCUCCACAGCCACAAGAUGUAAAGGCCUUUGAGGUCCUCUUGCAAUUUAUCGCGGGAAGGGAUACUUUCCUUGACGGCAUGAACUUCAAGCAAGAGGUCAAAACAAAGCAUUGAGCAGAGGCAUGGUAUCUGCAUCGAUCACAUAUACAUCAGCAAUUUCCUUAACUAUUUGGUCCAUCUUCGAGUCCAUCCUGCAGAAAUCUCCAGAUAGCCAAUGAUUUCACCUCCAAAGAAUUUGUUCCCCUCCAAGGCGCUUUCCAGAGUCUUCAGAUACUCUCAAGCCUCUUUCACUACUUUCUCUUUCUCCUUCCCUUCUGUGGCAAUUGUACGAAUGAUCACACGCAUGCACUGAAAUAGGAGAAUAGUGUGUCAAUGGAUUUCUUGGAAAGAAAAUAAUAAAAGUCUAACCUUUUGUGAUAA